GGCCCGCUGUGCCGUUGUUAUGGCCUCGAGUGCCGAAGCGUCAUGUUAGUCAUGUGCUUGUGUGUUCAUCGUGCAACUCGAGCUCCUGUGAGCACCUUGCACGAAGGAAAUUUGGCUGAGAAGAUUGCAGGGAGUUGUGUAACCGCACGUAUGAGAUUUGGAGCCCUGUGUCUCUGUAGGGGCAAGUGAUGCGUGAUGUUCAGGUAGUGCACAGCGAAACUUUGUUGAUUGAAUGAGUCUGAGAGUGGCAUUGUCUCUUGGUUGCGGCUUUGCUUGCAGCGUGCCACGAUGACUUGAAGGGAGAGAGCGUAGACAUUGUUAGAUUAGGGUCUCUUCGUUCCUUUCGGGUUCGCGCCAGGAAUGAACUGUCUUGCUGUAGCAAGGCAACGACGUUUUAAGCGAGUGCUAGCGGCGAUCAGCUGACUUGGUCAUGGGUAGCACGUCGAGUAAGUUUCGCAGACACCUAGAGAACGGCGACGAGUACUCGGCACUUCAGAUCUACGAGAGCUGCUCUGAACUGCGGAAGUCGCUCGAUCCCAAUUGUUUUUAUGGGGACUCUGUUAAUCGGUGCACACCCGUCCACCUUGCUGCCAAACACGGGAUGAAACCGUUACUGAGGAUCUUUCUACGAGAGAUGCAGGGUGACCCAACGAUCCAGUCAGGGCAUGGAGAAACUGCACUUCACUGUGCCAGCCGUGGAAGUCCUCACUCGGCUGCAGUGGAGCGCAGAGUGGCCUGUCUCAGCCUGCUCAUUCAGUGGCGCGGCUAUGACGGAGAAGUCUUAGACGUCAAUGCAAAGGAUCAUGAUGGAAACACUGCCUUGCACUAUGCUGCCAGUAGUGGGUUGAAGAAGUGCGUGGAGCUGCUUGUUUCUCAUGAUGUCUCGCUCUUCAUUGAGAACAAUGCUGGUCAAACAGCAUGCGAGAUGGCAGACAAGGCUGGCUUCAAGAGCUUGGCGGACUACCUCGAAUCAAAGAUGGUCUUUUCUAGCUGUGUUACUAUCAGGCCAAAGGACAAAGACCCAGCACUUGAGCUUGAUAAGGCGUACGAUGGUUUGCGGCCCCAGGACCUGCAGGAAGCCAAAGAUCUUCUUCUUGUUGAAACAUCUGAUAUGCUCCAUGUGCCUUUGUUCACAGCAGAGGCACUUCUGCGAUGCCAUGACUGGAGCCAGGUGGCUCUGCUGGAGGCGUGGGUCCAAGACCCAGUUGGAUGCUGCCUGGCUGCAGGGGUACAGCCAACGACGUCAGCAGUGCAUGCAUCUGAGCGCAGUAAUGAUCCUGUGGUGACUGAAGAGUACCAGUCGGGGUCUCUCAACUCAUCCUCACCUUCGACACCUAGUGGGCCACAGGGCCGAUCGCCUGCUAGGUUGCCUUGCAACAUCUGCUCUGAAGUGGUGCACGAGCCUGAUCCUGUGGUUGUUCCUUGUCAGCAUGAGUUCUGCAUCUCCUGCUGGCGCAGCUACCUCACAAUCAAGAUUCAGGAGGGGGACGUGCAUAGCAUUGUAUGCCCAGCUGUUGGCUGUUCUCAGCUUGUUCCUGUGGACAUCAUUGAGCAUAUUGUCAGCGCUGACAUGGUGCGCCGAUAUUUGCAGUUUGACAUUGAGGCCUUUGUGGAGAGCAACCCAAACUUUAAGUGGUGUCCAUGGGCUGGUUGUGGGAGGGCAGUGCACCUGCCGGAAUCUGUGGAUCCACCUCCACUGCGCCUCCCAAAGUCUGCUCCUCGAGAGCCCAUGUCACACUCUGUGGAUUGCGGAAACCGGCACUACUUUUGCUGGGAAUGCUUGGGCCCAGCACAUGCACCUUGUUGCUGUGAAAAGUGGAAAGAGUGGCAAAAGAAAGUGGCGGAGGCUAAACCUGAGGAAUUAAAGAGUGCCUGCAGUCGUACUGAAGAAGCUGCGAAUUGCCUCUGGAUGGUCACAAAUUCAAAGCCAUGCCCCUGCUGCAAGUCUCCCAUUCAAAAGAAUGAAGGAUGCAACCACAUUAAGUGCUACAAGUGCAAGCAUGACUUUUGCUGGGUCUGUCUAGAACCAUGGAAGAGGCACAGCUCUGCGACUGGUGGAUACUUUCGUUGCAACAGGUUUGAGGCUGUGAACCGUGCUGAGGAGCACGCAGGUGCUAUUAUCAGUGAGGCUGAGACGAAAAACAAAGAAAUGCAGGAACUCAAGAAGUUUGCCCACUAUUACACUUCCUACAAGGAACACGAAAAGAAGCACAAGGAUGAAACACUUGUUAAAGGGUGGCUCCUUGAGAAAGAGGGUUGCUGGAUCCGUGAGUUUGGCGAGGGUGAAGAUGGCUUGCCCAAUGUUCACUUCCUUGGAGACGCAGUAUGGGAGCUGCUGCGGGCACGCAGAAUCCUGUGUGGUUCAUACGCUUAUGGGUACUACAUGCAAGAUGAAGGAUAUGGCAAAACAGUCUUUGAGCUUCUUCAGCACGAUCUGGAAGAGGCAACAAAAGUUUUGUCGGAUAUGUUGUCAUCACCACGUCUGCGAGUUUCACACCGCACAAUCGUGGAGAGCGCAGAGAGAGUGCUCAGAAAGCGUGAGGAGUUCCUGAAGGCCAUUGCUCGUGGCCUCGUUCCUCCUGAGACACCACCGUCAACAAGACGGACCAGGAGGCGUCGUUACCCGACUGUAUUUGGCCUUGAUCCUCCAGAAGAUGAACAACUUAUGCUUGCGCUACUGGAGUCCAUUGGAGAUGGACCCAUGGCGGAACCUUGGGUCAAAGAUGCCCGGGGAUGCCAUGCUAACUUGGCUGCACUUUUUGACUGGCCUCGUGAUCCCAGCACUACUGGCAGCAGCUCUUCAGACACAGAUGAUGAAGACCGCAAGUCUGCGCUAAUCCGGGCUGUUGGUGUCUGCUCACGAGAGGGCUGUACGAGACCACGGGCACGAAACCCCAGAACACAGAAACUUCACGAAUACUGCUCUCUCAGAUGCCAGACAAAGCACAGCAACCAAGAGCUUCAGCAAGGACGUCAUGAGAUUGAUUUCUCAAUGGACCUGAUGAUCGCAUUAGAGCUGUCAAGAAUGCAGAUGAUUGAAGACCAGCGUCGCUUUGAAUGUGGCUGUAAUUCCGAACCACCAGUGAAUGAUGCUGCCAGUGCAGUGCCUCUUCAAAGUACGCGGCCUUCAUCACCUGCCCCAUGUUGUUCUUCGGGCGAUGAGCAUCUGGCGUUGUCACCUGCCCACAGUUCAACAAGUGACAGCUCCCAUAUCACUGCGAGUCCAUCACGAAAAGCGCAAGCGUCUCCAACAAGUGGUGCUGAGGGCCAGUCUGAGCCUCCGAGAGUUUUUGAAACAAAGAAUCUAGCCUCUAACCUGCCAGAUGGUAGUCACAAGCUGGAAAAGGAUCUUUUCCGUCCUGGGGCCAAAUCAGAGUGAGCGAUCAGAAAAGCAAGCUCCUUUCAUGGAGGGAGCUGGAGGAAAAGUAGCGCCAUAUCUGUUAAAAUCUUUCCUCAGCGUUCUGUUUGUUUCAGUACUGCUUUCUAUAAUGCUCGCUUUGAGAGGUGUGUGAAGUAAAAAUUCAUAACAUCUGGAGUUGGCGAUAAAAUUAUAUUUGUGCAUCAAGUCCAAGUUUAGGCACUUUAAUGUUCAGAACCUGAGUCAUUGUAAUUGCAGUAGUUCAAUUUCCGCUCAUGCAGAUAAUACAUUCUAUGUACAAGUCUUGUCAAGGGCCUGCAUGCAUGAUUAGUUGGAAUUCCUAAUAAUUUGUGCCUGUUAAUGUGUAAUGUUUUCUGGCUUGAUCAUGUGUGUUUUUCACAGGAAUAGUGCUACAAAAAGCAGCAAAUUCAUUGCUUUACUAUCUCUAUAAUGUUACAUAUCAAUGAUCGAUACAUAAUAAUAAGAGAGAAAUGAACGUCCAACACAAGUGAAGUGCUUAAGCAUACCACUGGGGCCAACCCUGCUGAAGGCAAGCCACAUCUGUGUUAGUCCAGGGAGUGUCUAGAGUCAUUGGCCAGUGCCAAAAUGAUAUGCUUAAAGGGACUGACAACCAAUUUUCAUGGUACCCACUUUUUUUAGUGCAAUGGAAAUCUUACCGGCCAGAGCAUCUAAUCAUGAAGUAGUAACACGGAAAAUGCCGUGGAACAUUUUUUUAGCAUAAUUUUUUUAUCUGCAGUGAGGAUGAAGUCGUUCACUGGAAGCAUGUUGAAAACUGUGGUGGUAGGUGAGUGCGAUAGCGAUUAUAGGCUGGCACUAGUGGGAGGCAGACGACAAGUGUGGCCAUAGGUGUGAGAAAGUAUUAUUUUGUUUAUCAAGUCAACGUUCCUGCGAUUCAUGUUUUCCAAAAUGUUGAAGUA